UGGAAGGGACGUCCCAGAUCUGUCGGUGUAAGCCGUUUAUGGAUUUCGUGAUGAUGAAGAAGAAGAAAUUCAAGUUCAAGGUGGACUUCGAGCUGGACGAGCUGUCGUCGGUGCCCUUCGUUAACGGCGUGCUUUUCUGUAAAGUCCGACUCCUUGACGGCGGAUUCUCCGAGGAGUCGUCUCGGGAGCCAGUGCAGGCCAACUGUGUUCGCUGGAGGAAGCGGUUCUCCUUCCCGUGUAAGAUGAGUGCCAGCGCGGGGACCGGCGUCUUGGACCCGUGUGUGUGUCGAGUGUCUGUCAGAAAGGAGCUGAAGGGUGGGAAGGCAUACGCAAAGCUUGGUUUUGCAGACCUGAAUCUGGCAGAGUUUGCUGGCUCAGGGAAUACAACCCGCAGAUGUCUGCUAGAGGGCUACGAUACCAAAAACACCCGACAAGAUAACUCUAUUCUAAAGGUGAUCAUCAGUACGCAGCUCAUGUCAGGGGACCCCUGUUUUAAAACACCUCCUUCUACAGCCACUGUGAUAGGGGUCCAGGGAGACGGAGAGAGCCUGCUGGAAGAGAGGAAGGGAGGAGACCCACAGAAAGCCUGCCCUGAGAGCCGAGAAGGGAAAUGCACCUCAGUUCCUGAUGAUCUGGGAGGCUGUGGCCACUCCCGAACUUCCAGCUAUGCCAGCCAACAGUCCAAACUCUCAGGCUACAGCACAGGUCACUCCCGUUCCUCCAGCCUGUCGGAAUCCACUCACCGCAGGAACCACUCGGUGGGCAGCGCCUCUACCGGCAUCGGCAGCCUCCCGGAGCCCAGUGAGGACAAAGACAGGGACAGCAGGCCAUGCCCUGUCCUGCCAGAACACCCCCUCCCUGCCGCCAUCGGCAGUCCAGCCGGCACUCCAGUCCACAGCGCCUCGUCCUGCGAACGACUCAACAGACACCCAGUAAAGCAGGACUCCAUGGAAUCGCAACUAAAGAGAAUGGAUGACACACGGGUGGAUGCUGACGAUGUUGUGGAGAAGAUCCUCCAGAGUCAAGACUUUACACCCAACCUAAUGGACUCCAGUGCUGAGGAGGAAGGCUUGCGUUUAUUUGUCGGCCCUGGGGGAAGCACGGCCCUCGGAAGCCAUCACCUGCCCACCAGGGUCGGUGCCGGGGCAUAUGAGCAGGUGGUUAUGAAGCGUUAGAACCGCAGCUCCCUGGAGUCAGAAUGACAACGCUGAAGUCUGGAAACCAGAAAACCCAACUGUGUUCAUAUCGACCUUUUUUGAGCCGCAUGCAUAUCGGAUCAGCACCCUGUCUGACUUAAGACUAUAGACGACUCAACAGUGACCCCAUGUGUUCAUCCAGACUAUGUGCUCUGUAGCUCCCGGAGAGGUGGACAAAUAGCUGACCCAGACAGGACUUGGGUUUCAAACACAUUAUUUGUGGCAUUAACUCGUUAUGAUUGAAAUGCGUCGACCACAAUGUUGCUGCACGGGCACGCCCCUCACCUCUGGGUCCCUGUGGCAGUACCGUCCACCUCUCCCUUUUCUUUUAUCCUAUCGAUUAGCCUGGGCUUUAUUUUCAGGUCUAGUUUUUCUGUUUGAGGCUGGACAAGAAACACACAUCUUUCCUGGGUUACUGAUGAUGAGGAGGUGGGGGUUCAGAGAGAACCUAAAACAUAAGCUGAGGAGGAGUACGCUACACUUUUUCCAACACAUUCCUUAGGCAUCGUUUCCUGUCCCGCGGUGACGUCGUCCUGUUUUGGACAGCCUUUUUAAAACGCUAUAUUUUAAGCUCACCAAUAAGCUGCUAAUAA